AUAGGUGUUAUUCGCAUCAGUUCAGUCCUGCACAGCAACUAGUCCAAAAUGGACGCAUCGGGAAUUCUCUCAUCGCCCGCUACCUGGGUGGUAGCACUCGCCUCUUCUUUAUACAUUCUUUACAGGUACACCACCUCCACAUUUAACUACUUUUCGGAACAAGGAAUUCCCGGUCCAAAACCAAUCCCAAUCUUCGGUAAUAUGUGGAACAUAUGGAAUGAAAAUCUUCCUGCAUACGACUUGGCAUUAGUAAAAAAGUACGGAAAGGUUUUCGGUUAUUUUGAUGGCCCGAUUCCAAACCUUUGGAUCACCGAUGUCGAGAUGAUAAAGGCCAUGUACGUCAAAGACUUUGACCACUUUGUUGAUCGCAGAUCGUUUGAAUUAAAAAUGAAAGUCAUGCGUAAGUGGUUGGCACUACUGAAUGGACAAGAGUGGAAGGACGUUCGCUCUUCCGUUACACCUGCCUUCACUUCUGGCAAAAUCAAGCGAAUGUCCAUCUUGAUCAAAGAAUGCGUUGUCAAUUUGUGUGAUCGUGUUACUACUUUCACCGAGAAAGAUGGGAAAAUGGACGCCAAGAUGACAUUUAGUGCUUUCACCAUGGACGUGAUUGCAAGAUGUGCCUUUGGAUUGAAAAUCGACACGCUCGGGAACGAAGACGAUCCUUUCGUUAAUAACGCAAAGUUCGUUUUCCAUUCAACAGCUAACAAAACACCAGCUGCUAUUCUGCCAUUUAUGUACCCCAACUUUGUUUCUACAUUUGCAUAUUUCACCGAGCCACUAAUUGUCACCAAAGAAAUGAAAUUCUUUUUCAAACUACUCGAGGAUGUAUUAAAGGAUCGGGUGCAGUCCAAUGAGAAAUUCAACGAUUUUAUUGAAGCAGCUGACGAAGCGAUUUCCGCAUUCACCAAAGUAGUCGAUGGCAAAACAGUCCCCAUGUGGAAUCGCGAGACAAUAGAUGAAAUUUUAAUGGGACAAUCGACACUCUUCAUGCUUGCCGGGUUUGACACAACAGCCACAACUCUAACUAGUAUCUGCUACCAGCUGGCAAAAAAUCCAGAUGUUCAAGAAAAGUUAUACGAAAGCAUCGUUGCAAAAAUGGAAGACUACGAAGACGUUUGCCAUGAAAUGGUUCAAAACAUUCCUUAUCUUGAGAUGGUCAUCCAAGAAGUAUUGCGCUAUUAUCCACCUGCUGUGCGCAUUGAUCGUAAGUGCACCAAGGAUUACUCCUACGACAAUGGCCGUGUUAAAAUUAAAAAGGAUCAAAUGAUUACUGUUCCUAUAUAUGCUCUACAUCAUAUGGAAGAAUACUACCCCGAUCCAGAAAAAUUCGAUCCUGAAAGGUGGAGCCCAGAAAACAAAGCUAAGCGCAGUCCUUAUGCUUUCAUGGCGUUCGGUACAGGACCACGUAAUUGCAUUGGAAUGCGCUUCGCUAUGGAAGAAUUGAAAAUUGCUGUUUCUACUAUAGUUCAGAAAUUCCGCUUUUUCCCAGUUAAAGAGACUCCGGAGAGACUACAAUUUGACGAUGGAUUUACACAAGUUCUGCAGCCGAUGCACGCGAUAGUGGGCAUCGAAUUCCGCUAUUCAAACUAGAAAUAGUUAAAGAGCCUUAUUGUUUGAGAGGUGGAAAACCAACGAAAAAUAUGUGCUAUUUUCUUUGGGGGUUACGGUGUCUAUAUAUUUUUAAAGUCCGUUGUUUCGUUUACUUAAAGUUAGUAAGGCCCAGUAUUCAGCACAAUCAAGUACGAGCUUGUGCCCAGGUCUUACACCACUCGAAUGCACUCGAAUAAACGACCGUGCAGUUCCAAUGUGAA